AUGCCUACCACUCUUCACAAGACCCGCAAGCAGAUUUCCAAGAAGAGAAAUGGCGUCGUUAAUGCUCUACAUGAAAAGUCCAGAGACUCGAUGCGCCUUCACAAGGCUGGUGUAAGAGAUCAGCGCAUUGAGAAACUCGCAGCUGCCAGGAGUAAAAAGGAACAACCUCUAGUUGAUCGUGUUGCUUUCUUUCAACAAGCUCUACGCCUUAAAGACAGAGAUAGCAAAGGUGCCCCAGAAAUUGAUGAGGUUCAGCGCAUGAUUCACAGUUUCGUUCAUCAAUACGAUGAGGAGUAUAACGAAACCAAAAAGACCCGUCGCCCUGGCCGGCCUGCUAGUGUGAAAGAAGAUCUCCUCAAGGCCAAAAUCAACAUACUAGAGGAAGAGUACAAGAGUGGUUUUGUUAUGCCUGAUCUCUUGGACAAUGCAAAUGUGAACGCACUUCACCUCUGGGAAGGCUCCUGGUCAUAUCUCACCCAACUGAAAUGGGUCAAGGUCAAUAGUGAAGGCAAAGUCAGACCGACCAGCUUCCCAUCAGGCGGCACAAAUUGA